AGCCAACAAUGAAUCUAGUCACCAAAAUCUAUUAUUAUUUUAAAAAAAGUUUUUUAAAAUAAAAUCUGACCCAUUUAAUUCAUUCCUUCCGCCAUUGACAAAGAUUCUUCUCCGCUUCAAAUAGUCUCUCUCGCUCUCUCUCUCUCUGUCUUCCUCUGCUUCUUUCAAUUUCCCCGCCGCGCCACCACCGGAACUCCCUCUUUCUCCUUCCCCUGGUGUCGUCUCCGGCGCCGUCGCUGCAGAAACAGAUCAAGCUUUUUGAUGGAGGAUACCAACGAAACACAGUUGCGAGAUGUGCCUUGUGUUGCUGAUGAUGCCCUCAAGGAAGAACUUGGGGAUGUGGCAGACAAAGAUCAAAACGUUAGUGAAACUCCCCAGCAGCCCCUUCUUCUUGGCCAGGCUAAUGGAGUUGCUGGUCACUCUGAAAAGAGGACUCGUGAUAAGGUGCAGUUUUCGAGUCCUGAGAUUGGUGAUGGAAGCGUCAAAAAGCGUAAGACUUGGUUGCUGAAUGACCCUGAGGCACAGGGAGAUGAUGAAGCAGGGACGCCAGAAGAGCAGCAGGCGUUUCUCAUAGAGUUGGCGACCUUUCACAAAGAGAACUACCUUGAUUACAAACCUCUUAAGUUUUAUGGGCAGCCUCUAAACGCUCUCAAGCUAUGGAGAGCAGUUAUUAAACUAGGUGGCUACGAUGUGGUCACCACAUCAAAGCUAUGGCGGCAAGUUGGAGAAUCCUUCAAUCCUCCAAAGACAUGCACAACUGUCUCCUACACAUUCCGCAUUUUCUAUGAGAAGGCACUUCUAGAGUACGAAAAGAGUCUAAGGAAAAAUGGUGACCUUAACCUUCCUGAUUCAGCAUUCAAUCUGUCUUCAAGCCACCAGAAAGAGGUCAUGAGCCAUCAAGGUUCAGGAUCAGGCAGGGCAAGAAGAGACUCCGCAACUCGUGCUAUGCAAGGCUGGCAUACACAGCGCCUUGCUGGAUCUAGAGAGUCUGCUGAGACUAGUGUUAAGGAUAAGGGCUCUAACUCAGCCCCAAAGCAUAAGAAACUCAAAAGCAUUGGGCUGCCAAAGCCCAGACCACAAACUUCCAUGGACCUUGUUGUUUCACAAGAAGCAGAAAAACAGUUACGGUCGGUUGCUGAUGUUGUUGAUGAUGGACCCAUUGCUGACUGGGUGAAGAUAACUGUCAAGGAAACUAAGAACUCCUUUGAGGUAUUUGCUUUGGUUCCUGGACUUCUUCGCCAUGAGGUUCGAAUUCAAUCAGAUCCAGCUGGACGGCUGAUUAUAACAGGAGAGCCUGACCAGCUUGACAAUCCUUGGGGCAUUACACCUUUCAAAAAGAUUGUUAGCUUACCAGCAAGAAUCGAUCCGCUUCGCACAUCUGCGGUCAUAAGCUUGCAUGGUCGGGUGUUCAUACGAGCUUCAUUUGAACAGUGACUGCUCUUUAAGAGUGACCUUGUUUUUUUCUUUAGAAAUUCAUUUCGUAUCAGAACAAUAUUGUUAGGCUGCUGAAGCAGUUUUAACUUGUAAUUUUAGUGUCAAGACUACAGUUAAGAGGAGACAAUCAAACAUUGUAUCUUGCUGUUAGAUUUUUCUUUUGUAGAUGCUGCUUAAAGCCUUUUAGGAUGCAACCAACAAUGAUAUGCUUGGUCCGAAAUUGGAAUGUUAUAUUUAUGUUUUCUUUAUAGAUAUGAAUAGUUUUACCUAUCAAA